GAGCACUUGUUUCAGCUAUGCAGUAUGGCAGUAUAUGACAUGUUCGUACCAUACGUUAAUUAAAACUGGUUUAGCGCGUCAUAUGGCAUACUGCCCAGAACUGUUCCUAUUAACAUUAUCCAAGAGUGCAUCUUUAAGCUGCAAGGACUUUGAACCUGCUGUGCUUUUAUCAGAUAUGACAGAUGUGUUAUCAAUACACCACAGGAGUUCAGGAAUACACUGGCUUCAGUACAACACUACACAGCCAUGUCAGUUCACUGCACACACACACACACACACACACACACACACACACACACACACACACACACACACACACAACUCCUGCAAUGUUAGCCUAAAGCUUUUAUUCACUGUAAACCUGGCAACUCUUAUUCACCUUAAUCUAAUCAUGGUCACAUAAAUAUUGUGACACUUCCCCAAUUUGAAAAUGAACACCUAAUACGCCGCUUUGUUUGAACCACAGCCAAUCUAAAUCUAUACAAGUGUAACGCUAGCUAAAAUAAGCCAUAUAAGCUUUUAAAAACAUGAAAAACACUCAUUAUCCACGCAGCGUAAAAGCCCUAAUGUUAAAGACCUCCUCCAGACGUGUAUUAAGACAUAAGUAUAAUUUCCAUAUUAAAAUCUUUUAAAGGGUUACUACUCAUUAAAAGCUGCAGGAUCUAUAUACAAAGUUUCCCUGCUGGACACAGGACGUCUCCUCCUCCGUUAUAAAGUCCAUUCUCAGUUUAUGUGCACUGGGCCAAACUAUUUAUGAUGUCACAAAUCAUGCUGGUAGGCCCCGCCCCUUAAAAUCUGAUUUUUAAUGAGCACAGAGGAACUUUCAUCUUCCAGUAAAUGAAAGUGAAACAUCCUGAUAGUGUCCACCUCUGCACAUACACUGUUGUGCACAGUGACGCUCAAACAUCCAACUACAGGAGCAAGAAGAAAAUCAUAUUUCUGAGUGGAGAGGCCCUUUAAUGUGUUAGCUAAUGCUAGCUAGCCUCAGGUUCAUCUCCAGUCACCCUGGCAACCACAAGAAACAAGCAACCUUUACUGCCUCGACUUAAAAAGAAGUACAUGUUCGGCUGAAUCUCAAGGAGUGUGCGCGGAAGAAAACGGUAACAUGAAAUGGAGAUCACUCGGACCAGACCGUCCUUGUAUGGAGAAAUCGCUCAUGGUCUUGGAUUCUGGACCGACCGGUCAGCAGUGCACGAGGCCGCCGCACAGGGCAGGGCCCUACAGCUGCAGAAGUUGAUCGAGGCAGGGGCCGCAGUUAACAUCGUGGCAGUCGACUCCAUCACCCCCCUGCAUGAGGCAUGUAUACAGGGGCAGACCCAGUGUGUCAGACUGCUGCUGAACGCUGGGGCGCAGGUGGACGCUCGUAACAUAGAUGGCAGCACACCGCUGUGUGACGCCUGUGCCGCUGGUAGCCUGGAAUGUGUGAAGCUGCUCCUGGAGUAUGGAGCAACAGUUAAUCCUCCGCUGUUUACCUUCUCACCUCUACAUGAGGCUUGCAUGGGAGGUAAUUCAGAUUGUGUUCAGCUCAUGAUUGAUCAAGGAGCUUUCAUGGAGGCCCAUGACUGCCACUACGGUACACCGCUUCACGUAGCCUGCGCAAGGCAGCAUUAUGACUGCGCCAAAGUUCUCCUCAAUGCAGGGGCAAAUGUAAAUGCUGCCAAGCUACAUGAGACAGCCCUUCAUCAUGCAGCCAAAACAAAAAAUGUUGGCUUGAUUGAGCUACUUGUGGAGUUUGGGGGGAAAGUGUACUCAAGAGAUAACCUGAACAAGAAACCCAUCCACUACACCAGUCUUGGAUCUCCCUCUUAUCUCUGCCUUGAGUUCUAUGAGAAUACCCCCCUCAGUCUACAGCAGAUCAGCAGAGUCGCUCUGAGAGCGGCUCUCGGCAUGAGAGCACGUGAAGUUGUGUCCCAGCUAGGCUUGCCCAAACGCAUUAUAAGUUUUCUUUUUUACACGCCACCUCAAGUUAUUGAAAUUUAAUUAACUUUGGGAAACUGAAGAUGCAGCUCUUAGAAGUCUAAUUCUAGACCAGCGAUGUCUGCUUGCUCUCUGCUGGUGUGCUCAACAGGAUGUUGAAGGUGGCAGAAAUGCAUCACAGAUGUAAUAGCUUAACAAUGCCAGACUAAUUGGCUGCACAGAGAUUUCAUAACUUCAAGGACCAGUGGGUAGGAUUUAGUGGUGUGACGUGAACCAGCUAAAUACUGCUCACCUUCUAAGAAUGAAGGAGAAACUAUGGUGGCCGUGAAACCUGUGAAAGCCCUAUCUAGAGACAGCUUUUGGUUUGUUUGUUCUGGGCUACUGUAGAAACAUGGCGGCUCAACAUGGCGGACUCUGUAGAAGAGGACCCUACAGAGGGACCUGUAGAUUAAAAACAACUAUUUUUAUUUCAGGUGAUAAUGAACACUAAUUAAAUCUUCCUUUGAAUCCAUUUCUGCUAUGUUACACACUGGACCUUUUUAAAUAGACUCUUUACCCCUCCAAAUUAAAAUGGGAUAAAUUGCAUUUACUAGUCUGGUACAUCAGCUCUGCUGCUUCAUGGUCUGGAGGUAGUGCACAGCUGGUUUUUCCUUUUUGUCUUUAACUUGUUUGCAAGAAACAAGGCUGCUCAUGGAGGUUAAUAGAGGUGAGACUCAAGCAUACAGUUCAUGUGAAGGCCAAAAUAAUAAGUAUUAAAGGUAUUAAAGGCCAUGCACACCCAUGGUAAACCCACACAGGUGUAAUUAUUUUUUCUGAUCAGACCUGCUUUCAGGACUGAAUGGGCACGUACAGACUGUCGAUCAAGCACAGGUCUUCCUGGUAGCUUUUUGAACUUGUUACAGCAGUAUUACAACCGGGAUUUAGAUGACCUCACAUAACUUCCCACAUAGCUCAGCCCACCUGCAACCCGAGCAGGGAUCACAUCAGCCUGAGCACUACACGCCCUGUGUGGGUGUGUAAGGCCGUAACAAUGAAUCCUUAGAGGGUUGGGCAACACUACCGACCAUGUCACAUAACUUGGAGACAUUUGAGUCAGUGGUAACUUGUAAAAGUAUUACUUAAUGGAGCUUGAAAUAUAUAACUAUGAACUUGGCUUGCUUGUCAUGACCAAAUAAAUGUGAAUGUAAGUGUGAUUUUAUCAAAGAUGCUGUACUACCUUAUUGAACCCAGAGGGAACAUGAAGUAGUUUGAUUACUAGGAUAAUAUCACUGUUUGUGUUUGUAUAUAUUCUGUAACUAUUUAUUUUUAAUGUAAAUUUGUAAAUAAUACAGAUGGUUCUACCUCUAUUCAUUUUAUGUAAAUAAAUAGACCACUACCAGACACUUUUUAAAAACAA